AUGGAGCCAGAUCUCUCGGGUCAACUCCGUCUCCGAUCGAUGUCCCGUUUCUCGAAUUAUUCCUCUGAAUGCGGCGAUGAUCUCAACUCACCGAAACAUCACUGUUCCGAUGCACCGGCUCGUCAAUUCGGUCAAAAGCUUUCCCUCCUUCAUCCACUUUGGCCUUUUCUCGACUCACGAGCGAGGAAUUCUGUCUCACUCAAUUCAAAUAAUCAAUCGAUGACUGGAGAAGUGGAUGGGCACCGGCCACGAUCCUACAGUGCAUGUCAUCACAUUCCAACUGAUAACCCAUGUGAUUCGCCUCGAGCAACUGCCAACGAGAUUUGGAAAGAUCGAGAGGAUCAGAAAGCUGAGCGCUUAGCCAAUUGGGCAGCUUUUGACGAUUCGUCGGGACAAAUUUGUAAACGCUCGCCAUCUGUUUGGAGUCGUUUAGUGCCAAAUGGUGUUGCGGCACAUAAUGGGAGUGCGAAUCACUCGAAAUCGACCACAUAUGGCUCAAUGGGUGAGAAAAAGGAGGGGAAAAGGGGCGACAAGUGGACGAACACGAUAAAACAGUUGCAGAAACACAAAAAAAUGGCUGGUCGAAAUCGAGCGAAGAAAAUCGAUCAGAAAAGUCGCUGGGUUUUCCCUGCAACGUUCAUUAUUUUCAAUAUCUUGUAUUGGGGAUAUUAUUGUCUAUAU